ACUCGACAACCACGAAAUCAACCGUCAUAAGGCUACAGACACUGCCAGCCAUUUCCUGCCUCUAAAAGAAACACUCUUUUUAGCAUUUUAAGGCAAACACGAGCAGGCUUUGUGCUUUUAUAUUUUACUAUAUUUUUUAUAAAGAUAUAGGCUUCAUUUUUUUUUAACAAGAAGGACAGAAAAUGUCUUACUCCGCGCAGGAGAGAAGGUCUGGCGUUCAGCUGGUGAGCGCGCUGCUGCUAAUGCUCUCGCUCUCCGGUUGUUCAAGCAUGGACGUAAUUGUGGCCAGUAGCAUUAAUGCACUAAAUGGAACAACGGUAAAAAUUUCUUGUGUCUUCACUUCCUGCUAUAAGAUGGAUGUUACCAAGUUUGCCAUGAAUUGGACCUACCAAGAAACACUCAACGAUACACAGGAACUGUUUAUGACAUACUAUAAGAAAAGGGGAAUGGUGCCUCUUCGAUCAGAACGGUUCGGAGAAAGGGUCACGUUUGCUGGGAACCUGGAUAAGAAUGACCUGUCAAUCACUCUAUCAAAUGUUCAACUGGAGGAUGAGGGUAUUUACAACUGCUAUGUGAGAAACCCCCCAGACCGCAUCCAGGGACAUGGUAUCAUACAGCUUAAUGUUGUCACAGAACUCCCACCUCCAAGGGAUUCAACCAUUGCGGUUGCCAUUGGGGCUUCUGUGGGAGGAGCAUUAGCACUGCUGAUCCUUUCCAUGGUAGUUGUGAAAUGUCUCCGUCGACACAGGAAACAGGAACUCAUUUCAGAGGAGAAAAUGGAGGAGGAGGGGAAACUGGAGGCUGAAGGUGUUGCGGAAGAAGGAACCAAGCAACCAUAAUGGAUCAUGUGGUUAAACCAGAAGCCUGUGGAGCUCCCAAAACCCUGACAUAUCCAUCCCUUCUUGAGGAUCUAUAGUAAUCACACCUCUUUAUGCUUCCAUCCCGUUUGCAUGUUUGUGUGUGCGCGGAUGUCUAAUGCACAUAUAUCUGUUUCUUUGUGUGUGUGUGUGUGUGUGUGUGUGUUGAGGAUAUUUUUGUAUGUCUGAAUCAAAUGUGUCUAUUUCCUCGAAAAUAUCUGGUAACUUACCCAGUAAAUGCAUAUUGUUUUAUUCAUAGCUUUAACUCACUGUUAAUAACAUUAGAGGUUUUUCUUAUGACACAGAAUGCCAUUUUCAUAGCAUAAUAUAUGGUGGGCUAUGGGGCUGGGCGGUAUGACUUAAAAAAUUAUAUGAGGGUAUAUUUUGAAUAUAGAACUUUAACUAAAAAACUGAAUGACAGUGUAAUAUUUUUGCUGUUACUGUUUGUAUAGCUGUAAUGUUUUAUAUUCAAUCCCAUGCUUUGGGAGAAAAACCUUUAACUGCCUGCAAUGAGCUAUUGAUAAAUAUAACAGCGGUUGUGGAGAUAACGCUUCAUACAUAAUGAAAGCUGAAGCUAUUUCAACUAUCAUAUGCAGCAUGUAUAUCUGUUGUGGCAGUACAUUGCUGAUAACUCCAAUGUCUAACACGUCCAAUGUUGGGGUUUUGUUUUGAAUGGGGUUUUUUUGUUGUUUUUUAACAUACAUACUGUGAAUCUAGUGGGGUAUUUUUAAACAUUGCCUUAAAGUCUUUUAACUGCCUGUAUGGACACCAUGUCUUAACAUACAUUAGAUGCACAGCUGGAUUUUGCUAUUAUAUAAAUAUGACCAGUUUUCAGUGAGUAAGCCAAAUUAUGUUUACACGGAGCUCGAAAUCUACUUGUGUCUGAGUCAGAAAGCAUUCUCAAACAUUCCUAAUAUCUGGUGAAUUUUGACAAAGCAGUUGGUCUGUGCACUCUACAGAUUUUUUAUUCAGUCAACUUCUCUCAGAAACCAGAAAAACAAGUGCCCCAUUAAUAUUUGUCUUUACACUAGAAUACUGCAAAUACUUCAAACCAUUUCAUUAUUGCAAAUAUUUCAAAAUAACAAAAUGUUUUUUAGUAUCUACACAUUUUUGAGCUGCCUCUGUCCUAUGUCUUAGCAGUUUGUUAUUAAUAAAUUGAAUAACUUAAAUGAAUAACUUGAUUACAUGAAUUGCUUUUCAGAAUAUGUUAUGUAGUUUAGAUUCUAUACUAAUGCAAACAAAAUAGCAUUCUUUAUUCUUUUUUUCUAUUUCUUUUUAAAAUAAUUCUACUGUAUGUCAUACCGUCCACCCCCAUAACAGGAACCUUUCCAUUAAGCCUGAUACUGUAUAGGAAUGACUUGGAGUGCCUGAAUAGAGAAGUUGCAGUGAUAAGCACAGAUUUCAUUCAUUCUCUGUUUUACAUACAAUUAAAACGUUUUAGUCUUGAUGAUAUCUGUGACUGCACUGCAUUAUACAGUCAUUUGCAUAUUCCACUCAGGAUUCUCAGAAAUCCACACAAUAUAAACACAACUAACACUUUGUAAAAGAACAAAAACAUACGAAAGAAAGUUUAAAAUGACGGCCACAACAUUGAAGAAUAUUGAGUCUUAUAAUUUAUGUGCCAACUUUUAUUGAUAGAAUCUAUUAAAGGUUGUCACAACAGUGACCUACACACAGACAACAGCAAUAUAUUGUACUAAUCUCCAUCUCCUAUAUCACGAGCUGGUAUAAGUCACAGCUGAAAGCAAAUAUUUGAAUGUUUACAUUCCUAACUGACAGAAAUCCUGUUUUAUAGAAACAUAAAAAUGGACAAACUGAAUCACUGCUUCCCAAUUUAUACACUUUUUAGAGUGUAUAUAAAAGCUUAAGAAAAAAUGUCUAUUAAAUAGUUGUAAAGCUUUACAUAUUCUAUUCUAGCUAAGUCUCCAAAGUAAUGACUUUACCUCAACAACAGUGUGCAAAACUGUUUGCACCUCAAAACAGUGAUGCAUAUUCUAAUGUUAAUGUAGUGGAGAUCAUGUGAAUAUAAUGGAAAUGGGGAAAAAAAACAUAUAUAGUGCAGAUAUUGUAAUGAUAUUAAAACUGUUAUAGGGAAUGUGUGAUUGUGUAUUUCACUAUUAAGUUGACUAGAGAAUCUUGAAUGUUUUUAAAAUAUAUAUUCUCCUAGUAAAAUACUUGAUCACUCUUUAAUAUCAGUCCCGCAUGUACACUUUGUUAUUGUCAGAAUGUCCCAUGAUGAUUCAACUUCAGUUUACUACGAUAAUGAGACAGCAGUGUCACAAGGUGAUGUCUCAGUAACUGUUAAAUGGGAGGGUUCCAAAUCUGGUGGCUUGGCCUGACCUGGGUUUUGGCUCUGUUAAAAAAAAAAAUUUAAAAAAAGUUGUGUACAGGUCUAUAUUUAGGUCUGUUAAGAUCUAUGAUUUUAUCAUUUGUUGUCCAUUAUUAUGGAUGAUGCACUGCAUAAUUUCAUCAAAUAUUAAUGGCACAUCUAGUCACUGUAAUAUGUUCACAACCUUGUAUUGCUCUGUGCUGGUCAAUAAAAGCUAGAAUUGUCACUUCGUACAAUCAUGUGCUAAAGAAUAAUAAAGUGAUUACAAAAUUUUGAGUUUUUUCAUUAGCUUUUUCACAUGGUAAAUGGCCUG